UGUUUCACAUACACUCUUACAAAGAAACUUUCACUAUAUUACAUCACUCAUUCACUAACUUUUCCCAUUCUUCAAUUAUCUUCUUCAUCAUCAUCAUCAUUGAAUGUUACUAUCUUAUUCAAGAUUUCUACUUCUUCUUCUAUUCAACACUUUCUAUCUGUUCAUCUAUCACAUUAUACAUGUUUCUGACAAUGACUCUCUGUUCUCACAACAAGUGUCAUUGUAGUACUCAUACCAGGCAGUUUGUUAGUAAAUCUUCACACAUUGACAGAUCUGCAUUCACUGAUAAUUGUGAUCUCAAUGUUGAAUUAUUGAUUGAGAACUUGAAGAAUGUGAUAAUGAAGAAAUUGCCUGUGUCAUGUAUGACUGAGUCUCUCAUGUCUCUCUCUAUUCUCUCUGUUUCUUUCUCUGCUGCUUCUUCUCAAUCUUCUAUACCUGUCUCUGUGUCUGGUUCUCCUGCUCCUGCUAUUCCUGUUCCUGCAAUUCUCACUUCUGCUACUUCUGCUUCCUCUGAUUCUGUUAUCUCUGCUUUCAUUACUAGCUCUCCCUGUUUCAAGAAGAUAUUGUAUAGACUUAAUGAAUCACAUUUCUCA